AUGGAUAUAAUCGAAGGAUUGGAAGAUCUCAGGCACCUAACACAGAGUAGUCUGAAGUCAGAGAACCUGGGAGCACUCAUCAAACAAAGCAUUGAUGAAGCAGAGGAAUGCGGUGCUGAUGUCCAAAUGUUUGUUUGCGAUCGAGGGGGUCCUAACAUUGGAGCUUAUAAAAAACUAGGAGUUAAAGAAGAAAAUGCUGCGUGGCAAAGAUAUGGAAUCUUGAUAGUUGAUGGCAAAGAAGUUGCUUUCAAAGAUGUCAUUACGACUUGCAACGCAGAUCAAAACAACAAGCUGUCUAAUACUCUGGGUCGUAUACGUUUGGAACACCUAGCACCUCAUAAUUUUCAAAGGCAAAAUGCCAGAUUGGCUUUCCAACUUGUAAGUCACAAAAUGAAAUAUGCUAUGGAAGCGGCUAAGAUGGCAAAGAUUCAAACCACAGAAACAGCGGGCAAGACGAUUUGGUUUCUUGGAAAAAUGAACACCGUAUCCGAUGUUUGUAAUAGCAGCAACAUUUUUGACUCCAAUCCAAAUAAGCGACCUUUCUCUGAAAAGAAUCCGGAGUGUUUUCAAAUCUUUGAAGAGUUCUUAGUCUGGGGACCUACAAUCCAAGUAAAGGAUAAAAAAACUGGAAAGCUUAUAAGAAUUCCUUUCUUUAAGAGCAUCGUAGCGACUGUUCGAGCGCUGUUGCUCCUUUAUCGCGACAUGGUUGCAAAGUACACCUCCUUCCAGCUGUUGACUACAUUUUACAACACAGAUUCAGUGAAAACUCUUUUUUCAAGAAUCCGAGGACGCGGAGGAUAUAAUCCAAAUCCUUCUGGUCGAAUUUUCCUUUUAACGAUGCGUCACAUGGUUGCUGUUCAGGAUCUCAAAUCGGCAGGAAGGGGAAACGUUGCUCCCGACAAUGGUUCUUAUCUGCCAGCGAUCACGAGUGAUGAAAUGGAUCAGUAA